UGUCACACUUUUACUGUAUAUCCCAUUUUCCUUAUCUCCAACUUGAACUUGACACCUUAUCGUCACUUCAACUACACUUCACCUCGUGCUAAAAAUUAAUAUAAAUCCCCUUUUCCAUUUCGUAUACCUGGUAAACUGAACGUUACAAACGAACAACUUUCUUGCACAAUUACCUUUAAUAGUGAACAUUUUAAUAUUUUGCAAAGCACCGAUGAAAUUUAAGAAGGGGUGUCUGCAUUCGAAGAAUGCCACUGCACAAUUCAUGGUUCCAUCUGUCCGAUAUCAUUCCUAUGAACGCAUCCCUAUGUUUUAUGACUGAGGGUGCGAGUGAGAAGGGGAAAACACUUUGUAUCAGAUUAUGGACGUGACCUGUUAAUUACACUGGGGUCAUGUCACUGAAUAUCCUUGUGACGUCUUUGAUGUUGUUGCAACAGCUACGUUGUACGUCAAAUGGCAAUAAGUCAGUUCAUCGACGAACACCAUGGACACCAGAUCGUAUACCGAUUUUUCCAUCGCUUUCGCCACUUAUUUAACAAAGUACACAGGGAUAUGGGUGGCACGAAAUGCGGCAGAAGAACUGCAAAGGAAGAUAUCCAUGUCGUACACGGCAGUCGCACUUGUGUAUGGGAUAUACUUGAAUGUAGUAGAUAUUUACCACACAUGGGGCGAUGCAACUCACUGUACGUUUCUGAUACUGAACGCUACUUGCUUGGUUACGACAAUAAUCAAGAUGAUCAUCCUAAACUCUAAGAGAGCUGGUUUCGCAGACGCCCUUUUCUGCGCCAAACAACACUUUUGGCAUGGCAACUAUGAUUCCGAGGAACGACUUAUCUUUUCAAUAUCUGUGAAAUACUGUACACUGUACGUGGUCUUUGUAAUCUGUUCUCUUCAAAUUGCCCUAUCCGGAUACGUGAUCACACCUAUUAUUGAAAACAUUGGAAGAAAUAAAUCAGACAGAGUACUUCCAUUCAAGUUGUGGGUCAACCUGCCCUUAACGGAGACACCUUAUUUCGAAUUAGCUUUCGCCAGUCAGAUAACGUUACUUUUGCUGUUAAACGAAGUAUUUAUGAUCAUACUUAUUUGGCUCACGGUGAAAAGAAGGUGGGCUCACACCUUCAACGAUCACCCUAUGUUUCUGCGUCUACUAUAUCAUUUAUUUAAUAUAGUAUUGGUUCAGGUGAUUAGCGUAUACUUAAUUGGCGCCGCGUACAUUUGCCCCGAAACGUUUUUAUGCGUGUUUAAUCUGCACGUGAUGGGUCAGUUUCGCAUACUACAACACAGAAUGUUAAAUUUCUGCAACGUCGAAAGCAAAGAGAUGAACGCAGACACGUACACCGAUCAUUGUUAUGCAGCUCUCAAGAAGUGCAUAAAACAUCAUCAGUUGCUUAUUGAGUUCUGCGAGAAGCUCGAACAUGUAUACACCAUGUCGAUCUUUACGCACAUGGUAGUUUUAAGUCUGUUGCUGUGUUUCGAUGCCUACGAAAUAAUCGUGGCAAAUACGAGUCCUUCUAUGCGUAUUAUUUUCUUGUUUCACGGAGUUGGAAGCCUAGGUCAGGUGUUUAUGGUUACAUAUACUUGCCAUUUUAUGAUGGAGGAAAGCACGAAUAUUAUUACCUCGAUCUAUUCAGGAUCUUGGAGCACUUUGCCGAUGAAUGAUGUUGGCAGAUCAUUUCGAUCGUCCAUGAAAUUCACUAUGAUUAGAUCAUUAAAACCGUGCUGUCUAACUGCUGCCGGAUUUUUCCCUCUGACCUUAGAAACUUUUACCUCGCUUUUAAGUUCUACAUUCUCUUACUUUACUCUGAUGAGGCAAUCGUUAAUGAGAUCCGAUGGGGAGUAGUAUAAG